GCACAAUAUAUUACAGUCUAGGGCUCGCUGCUGAAAAGCCCACUGGAUCCUCCACUGACCUGCUGUUCUUUCCUGCUUUCCUCUCGCGUUUUUUCUUCUUCUUCAUUUAGAUUAAAAACAAAGCUCUCACUCACUCUCUCUCCCCUCUCUCUCUCUCGUCCUUCUCCCCUCCCUCCUUCUUCUUCUUCUUCUUCUUCUUCUUUUUCCUCCUUGUUUUCUGCGGCAGCAGUCAAGGUAGAGGCUCCAGUGUGUCAGCGAGGAGGAAACUGAGUGUGUGUUUAUGUGUGGACGUCUCACCAUUAGACGGCCGGGUGAAGGGGCACCGGGAGAAGAGGAGGAGGAGGAGAGGGAAGCCUGCCUGGAUGACAUUACUCGGUGUCACGUCACUGCGCGUGGACCUCGACUGAAGAGAGGCACUGAGAGGAGGAGGACGAGGAGAAACUGAGACUUUGCUUUCACUGGGAAAAGAAGACGGAGCAGGAGGAGGUGAAGUCCGGCGAUCCGGUGUAUCAUGACAUUGUUGGACGGAUUAAGCACUCUUCAGUUGUGUGUGAACAGGAAUUCGCCGUAGAUAAAGAGAAGAGAAGAGAAGGAGGAAAGAGAAUCUGUUAGAGCAAGGACUGGACUUACAGAGUGUGUGUGUGCGUGUGUGUGUGUGUGUGUGUAACCGGUGGAGGGCAGAGGAGUGGAGGGCCAGGGGACUAACCUGGCCAUCAAACGGACUGGCAGCCUCCCCUCUCCUGGGAUCAUGUACCCUCAGGGCAGGCAUCCGGUUCCCCUACAACCCGGCCAGUCUUUCAAGUUCACAGUCCUGGAAACUCUGGACCGUAUCAAGGAGGAGUUCCAGUUCCUCCAGGCUCAGUAUCACAGCCUGAAGCUGGAGUGUGAGAAGCUGGCCAGUGAGAAGACUGAGAUGCAGAGGCACUACAUCAUGUACUACGAGAUGUCCUACGGUCUCAACAUCGAGAUGCACAAACAGGCGGAGAUUGUCAAGCGUCUCAGUGCCAUCUGCGCUCAGAUCAUCCCUUUCCUCUCUCAAGAGCACCAGCAACAGGUGGUCCAAGCAGUGGAGCGGGCCAAGCAGGUCACCAUGGCUGAACUCAACGCCAUUAUCGGGCAGCAGCAGCUCCAGCACCUGUCUCACCACGCCCCCGGCAUCCCUCUGACGCCACACCCGUCAGGCCUGUCCCUGGGGGCGGGGGGCUCAGGGCUUCUUGCGCUGACCGGAGCCCUGGGGGUCUCGGCCCACCUCGCCUCCAAAGAUGAGCGCAACCAUCUUGAUUCUGAACAUCUCAGAGAAGGAGCACCCAGCAGGAGUAAGUCAGUGUCAUCGACAGACAGUCAGCCCCCCGAGGAGCGCCAGGGCCCGUCAGGAGGCUACUCCUCCUCGCAGGGAGGAGCGGAGGCCAAGAGGAGGCGCUGUGAUGACAAAGAGCCUCUUCCACCACACUCCUAUGACAGUGAUGGAGACAAGAGUGAAGACAAUCUUGUAGUGGACGUCUCCAAUGAAGAACCUAACUCUCCUGCGGGCAGCCCUGCUCACUCACCCCGCGGGAACGGGUUGGACCGGGCUCCCACCCUAAGGAAAGAGCUCCCGGGCUCCUCGAGCACGGGAGAGGCCCCCUCCACCCCAAACCCUCGCAGCCCCACCCCAGGAAAGGCCAAGGACCUUUCACAGAUGGAUAAGUCCCAGUCUCCGUUGUCCAAGUCUGGGACCCCGUCCCCGUCCCACCGGGAGGCCCUUACUCCUGGAGCCCCAGGAGCCCCUGGUCCCAGCACCUCCUGCCUUCGCCUGGUCAGCAAAGCAGCAUCCAGUGCAGACCCCCUCGCUCUCCGCAGUCCCAUGUCUGUGCCCCCCGGUUCAUACCCGGCUCAUUUUGGCGUGGUGUCCCACGCAGGACUGAAUGGGGAGCUGGCCAGCCCAGGAGGUUUCGGUGGAGCUCUAACUCUCUCUCCACAAAUCAGCGCAGCAGCCAAUGCCUACUCCCGAAGCCCCAUGGUGGCAUAUGAAUCUCGGUCUCACCUGAGGGCGCCAGGGCUGUCCUCUUCUUUGCCUGGUUCCUCUGGCGGCAAGCCCGCCUACUCGUUCCAUGUGAGCGCAGACGGCCAGAUGCAGCCGGUGCCCUUUCCCCCCGACGCCCUGCUGGGUCCGGGAAUCCCUCGCCACGCCCGUCAGAUUCACACCCUGAACCACGGAGAGGUGGUGUGUGCCGUCACCAUCAGCACCUCGACGCGCCACGUCUACACCGGAGGCAAGGGCUGCGUCAAGGUGUGGGACAUCAGCCAGCCUGGAAGCAAGAGUCCCAUGGCCCAGCUGGACUGUCUGAACAGGGAUAACUACAUUCGAUCCUGUAAAAUCCUCCCUGACGGACGCACCUUGAUCGUCGGCGGAGAGGCCAGCACGCUGUCAAUCUGGGAUCUGGCCACGCCCACUCCUCGCAUCAAGGCAGAGCUGACGUCGUCUGCUCCCGCCUGCUACGCUCUGGCCAUCUCCCCUGACAACAAGGUCUGCUUCUCCUGCUGCAGCGACGGCAACAUUGUCGUCUGGGACCUUCACAACCAGACGCUGGUCAGGCAGUUCCAGGGCCACACAGACGGAGCGAGCUGCAUCGACAUCUCCAACGACGGCACCAAGCUGUGGACGGGAGGGCUGGACAACACGGUGCGCUGCUGGGACCUCCGAGAGGGACGGCAGCUCCAGCAACACGACUUCACCUCGCAGAUCUUCUCUCUGGGCUACUGUCCGACAGGCGAGUGGCUGGCUGUGGGAAUGGAGAGCAGCAACGUGGAAGUCCUGCAUGUCUCCAAACCUGACAAGUACCAGCUGCACCUCCACGAGAGCUGCGUUCUCUCCCUUAAGUUUGCCUACUGCGGCAAGUGGUUUGUGAGCACAGGAAAAGACAAUCUGUUGAAUGCAUGGAGGACACCGUAUGGAGCCAGUAUUUUCCAGUCUAAGGAGUCCUCGUCUGUGCUGAGCUGCGACGUCUCCCCGGACGACAAGUACAUAGUGACGGGCUCCGGGGACAAGAAGGCCACGGUGUACGAGGUUGUGUACUGAGGGCCGGGACAAGAUGGGAAGGGACAGGACGGAGAUUUGUGAAGGCGAAAGGGGGGGGGCAAUCAGUUGCUACGCCAACCGCUCCUGAUCCUCAUAACAUCCGCAACAGCAGCACCUCCGUCUCAGUCCUCUGAGCCCUCCUGACCCUCACCCCUAAUACAUCACCCCCUCUCCCCCUUUUUCUUGUGAUAUAAGCUAUUGUGGGAGCUCCCAAAUGCCUCCUCCUGCCUCCUCCCCUCCACUUUUAGCCCAAGGAUGAGGCAUGAUAGCAGAGAGAGAGAGCGAGAGAGGCAGAAAGGGAAGCAGCGAGAUAAGAAGGACAAAGGAAAAGGGCGGCGGAGCAUAAAGAUAAAGUCGGCAGGGAAAGACAAGAAGGAGGAGAGAAAUUGAGAGUGCGGAAGGAAGGAAGGAAGGAAGGAAGGAAGAGAAAUGAAAGGGAGGAAGAGGAGGAGGAAGAAGAGGAGGGAGGCAGGGUAAUUAGGGCUGUUUCCUGAUUAAGAGCUCAGUGGAAGGGAGGCCCCCAGAGGAGGUGCGGAGCGGCACUGUGGGAGUGCCAGCCAGGAGCACUGAUACCACACAAUCGAUUCAUUAGCCAGACAGUGAAAGCCUUAAUGAGGCUGACGCUGCAGCUCGCUCUCCCCAGCGAGAGGUGUCAGGAGCUGGGGAGCGAUGACGCUUCGGGAUGGAGGGGUGGGUCGCUUCAGAUAUCCGCACACUGACAUGCAACUCAGACCUGUUCACACACUAAGGCUCACGUCAUCUGGCAAGAAUACACACACUCAGAUACACCCCCUUGAUGUUAUCGUAGGAAGAGAGAAACGCACACACACACACACACACACACACACAACACGGAGAGCACCCAAUUAAAGAUUCAUCGCAGCGCUCCCCGUCUCACUGCUUAAUAUCUAUUUUAUUUUGGUCUGACAAAGGCAGCGUCUAAUGAGCAGCGGAGUCAAUGGGAUUCUCCCAGGGCCCAGAGACACGAACACAGAACAUCAGCCGAGCUGUUCCUUGUAAUUCCUCUGGAUUGUUCUCCUGACACCGGGCGCUGCACUCACUCUCAUUAAAGGCACUGUCAGCUAGAUGAAGUAGCAGCACGCCAACUUCCCUGUAAGGCAGACAAGAGGGCAAAUUAACACCACCCAUUAUGCUAUCAGCAGCAGCCAACUAAGCAGCGACUAAUCUAAAUCCUUUCCAGUUUUAUGCAACUAGUUGCUGUGUUCAUUUACAAACCAGAUGAGAACUACAGGUUAACAACGCCAUCGCCUCCGCCUGCCUGCUGAUGUGCUCGUGUUCAAAGUGCUCUGGCUGAAUCUUGUUCGCUGAGCUAUUGAUUGCUUUUAAUUGAGAUGCUGAACACCUUAAAGGAAAAGUUCGACUUUUUGGAAAAUACGUUUGUAGAUUCCAAUGAGAAGAUCCAUGCCCCCUCUUUCUGUAGGCUAAGUAACAAGAGGCCUGCUAGCCUAGCUUAGCAUAAAAAACAGCUAGCCCACGAGUUAACAUGUUAUAUCUGAUGUUAAAAUGACAAAUCUGUUUUUUUAUGUGGGGACUAUUUCUUGGUUUUUACGUGGGGAGCAGUGGCUUCCUUGAGUGUUUCCUGGUAACUGCUCCCAGCCCAGAAAUAACCACGCAUGCUAAGGCUAAGCUAGUAUUUACAGUACAGACAUGAGUGAUAUCUAUCUUCUAAUUGUAGCCUGAGCAAGAAAGGGAAUAAACAUAUUUCCAGAAAUGUCGAAAGAAUAGCUCUAUACUCGAUUCUUGCUCUCCUUCGUGUAUCAUAUUGCAAACUGGCAGGCCAACUGUAUAUCAGAGCUCUCUGCUUCACCAAUGUGUAGACUUAACAGGCACAUGUCAAGCUUUUCUUUUAUUACCCAUUUAUUUCAGUAUUUUAUAUGAAUAGUGAUUGCUCGUCUUAUGUGAUGAUAUGUUUAUGUAUUGGGGGUUGCCUAUGACUGCGUUUCGGGUUCAGGGGAGCUAACGGAGAGGGGACGCACUCACACAUGGUGACCUAUGAAAUCAAAUGGAACACAGGUGGGGAAUAUAUAUAUUUUUUGUCCUUUUAAUGAUUUCUUUUGUAUUUCUUAUCCUUGGUGGUGACAGGCAAAGAGCAUAUAACAUCAUCAGUCCCAUGUAAAGAAAAAAAAAAUAAGACUCCGUUCUGUCCUUCGUUUGGGUUUUCUUCCUUUUGUAUAAUUUUUUUUUUUUUUACAAAAGUGGUAGUAAAUGUAGUGUGGUCUGUUUUGAGUCCUUAUCGUGCAACCGAACUACGUUUCUGUGGAGUGUGGUCAGUGUGCAGCAGGCGUCGGCUGCAACGUGACCACACAGAUUUAGCCAUCGGAGAGGUCCCACUUUUUACUGCAUGCUUGUUGCACUAAAGCUCCACUUCGGCUGAAAGGACGACACAAACCGGAUUUUACUCAGUAGGUACAGUGAAUGGUUUCACAGCCACCGGUUUACAGAGGGAUACAUUUUACAUUACAGUAUGCAAUUUAAUUCAAUCGUUUAAACUUUGAGCAAGAAGUGUCAGUGUUUCUCACUGCAGCGCCGAUGCAGGAGAGAAGAACGAGGAGGGACUUAAAUGGCUACUGUGCCGGCGAGGAGUGAGAGAUCCUCUGGACAGUGUAACGCCUUUCGCCUGCCUCUUUACCUUCCUGUCCAUCAGCGACAGGCAGACCGAAACCAUAUUCUCAUACACAAGCUUGUAUAUUACUCCGAACAAUGCUGUAUAAUGGCUAUGCAGUUGGUGGAAUAGCGUGAAUAUUUGGGACAUUGUAUUUGAUACUCUUCAUUAACUGUCAGUAAUGUCUCUCUCUCCCCCCCCCCCCCCCCCCCUGCUUUCUCUGUUCCAACAGUAUAAACACUUUUAUUUCUCGUUUUCCAAGCCCAUGUUUAGUUUCUCUUUUUAAAAAGCCAAGGAACUUUCUUUCUUUCUUUUUUUUAAACUGCACUGUGUAAUUUCCCCUCCUGAUGCGUUUCCCAUGUGCUGUACAAGAAAUACUGUGUGUGACAAAUAAACCAAACUUGUGUUCAUCCUUUCA